AUGGGCGUCACCGGUGCUGGGAAGAGUUCAUUUAUUUCCCUGUGUAGCGACGAAACCGUCGAAGUUGGGCACGAUUUAACGGCUCAUACUAGUAGAGUGGACGUCUAUUCGUUUAAAUAUAAUUCAUCAACCACAGUCUAUCUCAUCGAUACCCCAGGCUUCGACGACACGAGCCGAUCCGAUACCGAAGUCCUGCAAGACCUCGCUGCAUUUCUUACGAGGUCCUAUGUCCAGAAAGUCAAGCUUAAUGGAAUCAUAUACCUACACCGGAUUACAGACGUGAGAAUGCAAGGGUCCGCGAAAAAGAACCUCAUGAUGUUCAAGAAACUAUGCGGAAAAGACGCUCUGAAGAACGUUAUCCUCGCAACCACCAUGUGGUCACUAGUCGAUAGAGAGAAAGGAGCAGAGCGAGAAGCACAAUUACUCUCUACACCAGAAUUCUGGGGCUGGAUGAAAGACCAAGGAAGCACCGUAAUGCGACAUUCGGGGGACCGACGCUCGGCAGUAGAGAUCAUCGACCACUUCGUCGAGCAGAAUGUUCCUAUGACGCUAGAUAUCCAGGACCAAAUGGUGAACCAGAACCGGGAUCUAGAUCAGACCUCAGCAGGACAAGAGCUCCAAAGCGAGCUGAUCCGCGAGCGAGAAAGAUUUCAAGCUGAGCUCCGUCAAGUCCAGGAGGAUAUGCAAGAGGCCAUCAAAGAGCGCGACGCACUCGCCGAGGAAGCCUUGAAAGAGGUUCGGGACGAGUAUAUGAGUAAGAUCGGAGAACUGAGUCAACAAGGCGAAGAACUCAAGAUUAGCAUGCAGAAGCUGCACGAGGCGAAUUACAAGGAAUUAAGGGAUCAUAUGAUCGAGCAGGUGGAGUCUCACAGGAGGAGAAUGCACCAUCCGAUCCAGAGAUGA